AUGGCCUUUGCAUCAAGGAACUCCUCGCACCGAGGGUCGAUUAACAACACCGACUUCCUCGCUCAAGAUCCUUUCAGGACGCCAACCCGUGCCCAGAGCGUUCGAGCAUCGACGAUAUUAUCCGGCAGAGCCUCAUUCAUAGCAUCAUGCAUCCAGAGACCCCCUCCAAAACAAAGGAGAUUCAAGAGUUCGAGACUGAUUGGCGACUACGACAAGCCAUGGCUAGAAAAGCGCGACCCUCGAAUUUCCUAUGACAGAUGGAUAUUCUAUUUUAUGGCAUUGGUGGGCUCCGCCAUUGGAGCUUAUAUUUGCUGGGAUGGAUGGAACUCGUAUGGUAGCCGUGAUUUCUGCCUUAUCUGGGAAGACAACUUCUCCAAUGGCAUCGACCCAGCCAGCUGGAACUAUGAGAUCCAGCGCGGCGGGUUUGGCUCCGGUGCCUUUGACUGGACCACAAAUGAUCCUCGCAACGUGUACAGCGACGGUGAGGGUCUGCACAUUGUCCCAACACUGACGGUUGACGAUAUUGGAAUUAGCGAAGGCGAGCUUCUAGAUGGCUACAAGCUCAACCUCACGACAGACGGGACGUGUACCGGCACAACCAUUGAGGCAUGCGGCAUCACGUCAAACAAAACCACUGGCGAAAUCAUCAACCCCAUCCGCAGCGCGAGGUUGAACACAAAGGGGAAGCACACCCUUCAGUAUGGGAAAGUCGAGAUUGUCGCCAAGCUACCCAAAGGUGACUGGCUUUGGCCAGCAUUAUGGAUGAUGCCUGAAGAGGAGUUCUAUGGCACAUGGCCAGCAUCGGGUGAGAUCGACAUCAUGGAGUCUCGCGGAAAUGAGGGAACCAACUACAAGGGUGGACGAAACGAAGUUGGGGGAACCCUGCACUGGGGACCGACUGCAGAACUGGACAUGUUUAGGCAGACGUCAGGGAAGCGCGAACUACGGCGCACUGACUAUUCAGAAGCCUUUCAUACUUUCGGUGUUGAAUGGUCCUCGGAUUACAUUUUUAUCUAUGUAGACUCCGUCCUUGUCCAGACCAUCUACACCUCUUUCCGAAAACGGGAUGGUACUCUCUAUCAACGAGGCAGGUUUGGCAAUAUGGAGAUUAACGAGACUGUGCCGGAAAACCCAUGGGCCAAAUCGCCCAAUGCCAACGCGCCGUUUGACCGGCCAUUCUACCUCAUCCUGAAUGUGGCUGUUGGGACGACCAACGGUUAUUUCCUAGACGGAUAUGGGCGCAAGCCAUGGCGGGACGGGGCCGAAGACGCUCAGCGCCAGUUCUGGUACGCACGUCCUGUCUGGGAGCCAACUUGGGGCCAGGGAGAUUCUCGUGGCAUGACCGUGAAGAACAUCAAGAUGUGGAAGCCAGGAAAAUGCACAUAA